AUGGAACCUAAUUGUAGGAAAAGGAAGGCCGCCUGUAUUAGUGACGUGGAAAAUAAUCCAGAUUUAAAAUUUGAAGUGUGGAUAACAACAGGCAGAAUUCAAGGUUUCGGAACAUUGUGUUUGGGUCGAGAUGAAGUGACACUGCAUGCCUUUUACACAAAUGCAAAAUUUGUCUGGGAUUAUAAACAGAUUAAAUAUUUCAAUUACGUGGGUGAGACAUUCGAACUGCAAAUUAUGAAUCAGUCGGAUGCAGGCGCCUCUGGAGUUUUCACGUUUGAAGGUUGCCCUGGGGAUAGAAUGCUGCUGGAAUUUCGGAGGAAACAAAGUAUGCAUGAGCAUUAUCCCUCAAAAUUGUCCAAAGAAUGUGGAAUGAAUGAUUUUCCUUUCCAAGACGUCUGCUUCCACGGCAUCGUUCACCAUACCGACACCACCUGCAAUGAACAUUCUAGUAUGGUGGACAUUAUAAAAGUUGUUUCUGCCGAUAAGUUUGCAGUCUGUCCAUAA